AUGUCAUCGGGAUAUCAAGAACCGUCGGACUUGUUCAAACGAUUGUUUUUGCCACCCAAGAAUCCCAGUUUGACUCUGUCGAGCGAUCAACAAUGGAUGGUAAUCUCUCAAGAGCCGCCAUUGCCUUCCAUUGAACUCUUGGCUCGCACUGAAGAAAAGCUAGCUGGUAUUCGAUUUGAUCCUCAGAUGUGGACGCCGUCUCGUAUGGACUUUGCUACUUCCUUGGUGUUACAGCACUUAGAAAGUGGCAAACAACAAAACAUGGAAUUGCCAACCAAUUCCGAAGGGAUUCGGUACAUUCGGUUUCAUCCAAAGCUUCCAAUCUUUGUAUUUGCUUCCAAAAUCAAGGGAGAGCCCAUGUUGGAAUUGUACAAGUGCCAACUGAAUGAGUCAUCGGACAAUCAAUGGAGCAUUCAUCCUAUUCCACUGCCAGAAGAAACCAAACGCAUGAACUUUAUCUAUGGCUGCUCCUAUCAAUUCACCAGCGACGGCGCUUCCUUAUUGGUAAAGGUCGUUCCCAAGGAUUAUUCCAAAGGACCACCAAUCAAACCCACCAGCACCGGGCCCGCCAUUCAAGUGGUGGCCAAGAAUGCCCGCAAGGCACCGGGUCGGACCUAUCAAGAUUUGCUCAAGAAUCCACACGACGAGGCCAAGUUUCACUAUUACUUUACCACUCAACUAUUGUGCAUUGAUGGAAUUACUGCCACUGCUACGAAUGAAGAUGCACUCAAAAUAAGAGUCUUACCACAGUGUGGUGAGGUUUGCAUCUUUCAAAGCAUUCAGUCAAGUCCCUGUGGGCGUUUCCUGUUGGUCCAAUUGACGACCGACUUGAGUUACAGUGUGACAUUGCGUCGGUUUGGCAAGUCGAUUGAAUUGUGGGACUUGUUUUCCUCGAACAAAACGGUGGUCCAAAAGAUUCCCGUAGACGAUGAAAUUCCACUGUCGUACGAUGCCUGUUCCAGACACCCGAGAUCCUUUUUCUUUCAUCCCUGCAAGGAUUGUACUUUGAUACACGCACAGGCACUGGAUGGGGGAGAUCCAGCCAACAAUGUCGACUUGGUGGAUGGCGAGCGGGAUGCCUUGUAUCUGCAAGAUGUUGAAUUAUUGGAUGUUAGCGGGGAAGGGAAAAUCGUAAUCAAGGAAGCUACCAAAUGGGUCGGCAUGGAAUGGCGAUUUGACGAUGUGGAAUUUGGUGCUUCGGGGAUUGCCUUUUUGGACGAAUAUCGAUGGAAGGAUCGCAUGGAACGAAAGUGGAUCUUGCCAGCCUCAGGUGGUGGAACGAAACAACUCUUGUGGGAACGAUCGUGGGAAGAUCGAUACAAGUCGCCUGGGGCUCCCUUGACUCGUCGCAGCGGGGAACGGAACCAGUAUUUUGUGGUUCAGCCGACUCCCAAUUCGCUCUAUUUGAGAGGUGCUGGAGCAUCGCCACUAGGAGAUCGUCCCUUUUUGGACCUACUUGAAUUUGAAGAGAAUGAAGAGGGAGAAUCAUCGUCAUCGACAACUCCAGUCAAGAAAACAAUGACACGCUUAUGGCGGUGCAAAGCUCCAGUGGAAGGAGAUUUGCUGGAUGCUGCCCUUGAAACUGGUGGGGUCUUGCCUUCUGACGAAGAACGGCAAGAUGUCUUUGAGUCCUUUGUCUCGUUGUUGCCGGACAAUGAAUCCAUCAUGAUUUCUAGAGAAUCCAAGACAACACCAAGGAAUUACUACUUGACCAAGUUACCAUCCAAGGAAAAGAAAAUCGAAACCAAGGAGAUUCAAAUUACGACUUUUGAACACCCACAACCCGAUCUAUUGGGCGUAACCAAGGAAUUGGUCCACUACAAGCGCAACGAUGGAGUGGACUUGACAGCCAAUUUGUAUCUGCCACCCAACUAUGAUGGAACCAAGCGUCCCACACUCUUUUGGGCCUACCCUCGAGAAUUCAAGGACAGCAAAGCGGCUGGACAAGUCAAGGGCUCCAAGCAUAAAUUUGUUUCGGCGUCAUGGGCUUCGCCCAUUCAUUGGGCUGCCAAGGGAUGGGCCAUCAUGGACGACUUUUCUUUGCCAGUGAUUGGAGAAGGGGAUGCCCAACCUAAUGAUACGUUUAUCGAACAAUUGGUUGCGGGAGCUACGGCAGCAGUGGAAUACGCCAAGGAACGUGGGGUUUGUGAUCCCGACCGAUGUGCUGUGGGAGGACAUUCGUACGGGGCUUUCAUGACUUCGCAUCUUCUCUCCCACACGACUCUCUUUGCCGCAGGUAUGGCUCGAUCCGGUGCUUACAAUCGCACUCUGACUCCGAUGUCGUUUCAAUCCGAAGAUCGUUCCAUGUGGGAGGCCCCCGAUACGUACAUCAAAAUGAGCCCACUGAUGCAUGUCAAGAAGUAUUCGGAACAAGCAAAGGUCGGUAAAAUGCUCCUCAUUCAUGGAGAGGUGGACGAGAACUCGGGAACUCAUCCGAUGCAAAGCGAGAGAUACUUUGCUGCACUGAAAGCGUUUGGAAUUGAAUCCAAGUUGGUCGUCUUGCCACACGAAAGACACAGCUAUCGUGCGAAGGAAUCUAUCUUGCAUAUGGCCUAUGAACAAGAAACCUGGUUGAGUAGCUUAGAAGAGAAUAAGUAG